AGGCGACUGCUGAGUCAAGUUAUUUAAAGUAGUUGUAAAAGUCAGAAGUCAAUGAAAGACAGAAUAAACCUAAUUUCCUGUAAUUGGCUACAACAUUAGACAGAACAAUGGCCAGUAUUGUGGAGGUCUUGCUCCUCUUGUGACUAAUAGGUGGGGGGAAAAAGGUUGAAAAUGAAAGUGUUUCUUCAAGAAUAAUUGAAUGUGUUACAAAGGUCUUGUGGUCUGACCAGGUAUGCUGUAACUGUACAGCAACUAAGAAUCCUCAUUAGUUUUAAAGGGCCAUUCCACCCAAAACAGAAAACAAUUUUUUGUCACAAAACCCUUGUAGUGUCCGGUUUUGGUUUAAUGUGCCAAACCUUUGAGAUAUCUGCCUCUCCAAUAUAGAGUGAAUACCGUAUUGUGAAAGAAAAUCAUUUGUGCUUUACAAAGCUUAAAAUAAUGAAUAAAAGCGUCAGCAGAGUGUUUUUCCAAAAACAAUGUUGUUAGAAAAAUUCACACACCUCACUGUGAGUGUUGCAAUGGGGACUAUUUCUUCAGUGUAAAGAAGUUCCAAUAAACAUUGUUCACAGCUAGGUCUGUGGAAUAUCAAAUGUAAAUUUUCAAAGCUUUUAGCAACACAAACAAAUUAUAUUCAUCUCCAUUGUAUUGGGGUACAGUAGCACCACCAAUCACAGAGAUGCAUAUCUCAAAACUUCAGCAGAUAAAACCGAAACAACAUGACAUGGGAGUGAACAGUAGUUGACAAAAUAACAUAAGUAAUGAUUGUGAAAGUAUUUACAUUUUGCUUCACAAAGGAGUGUGGACAGUGUGCACAUCACCUGGGACAGAAAAUGUUUGUUGUUGAAGAAUGAAGUUUGCUAUUUAUGACUAAUAACAGAAUGAAGUGAGUAGUAAGUUGCAAAAGUGACAUUGCCCAAUGCUGCAAAUAACAAAAAAAGAAUAUUAUACCCUUUUACACUGGACUAAAAACCCGCUAACACCCGCUAACAUCUGGCUUUUGUCUUCAGUGGGAAAGGGUACAAUUGGCAUUCACUCCUGGGUCAAAUGAUUCUGCUGUAGUCACGGGUAUUUAUCGGCUCCGGUUCUGAUUGGCAGUGAUGUAAACAUGACACCCUGGUGGAAAUGCUAAUUUUCCCUUUUCCGGCACGAACAAACACUGUAAACACACCUGUCACCUGCCCUGCACGGUGCUGUUAACCAGAAACACAGCGGCUAUACCUUAUUUUUAUACAGUCUAUGGGCUAUACACAGCAACCACCGUAACAUUAGGCCUUUCUCAUUCCUCAACUUGUACCGCCUCGAUUCGUCUCCUCGUUCCACCCCUCCCAUCGUAGUCCCUCCCACAAGAGAUGCGGCGAAAGAGGCGAGGAAGAGACUCGAGAAAAGAGCAGCGAGGCAACAGGCAUUUAAUGAAAUGAGAUAUCCUUGCUUCGGAGCCGUCAUUUUAAAGCGCCGUCAAUUAAAAAACGUUGUGUAACACAGCUGCAUCAUCUGUCCAUUGUUUUGUUAUAGCCCUAUGGUUUUACCUACCGCUGUAUUUUAUGAUCUCUGUCAGAGGAUUGUAACAGUGUUACAGUGACAACUUAUACAGUGGUGUGAAAAAGUGUUUGCCCCCUUCCUGAUUUCUUAUUUUUUUGCAUGUUUGUCACAGUUAAAUGUUUCAGAUCAUCAAACAAAUUUAAAUAUUAGUCAAAGAAUGUGACAAGAAUGUACGGAUGUCAUACUUUUUCUUUAAUUUAACACACACACACACACACACACACACAGUAUAUAGCUUCAUAUAUUUUAUGUGAAGGACUACAAAUGUUGGUAUGAAAAGUAUUAUACAAAUAAAGUGACAUACACUAUAUAAUAUAUAUGAUUGAGGGAUAUACAGUAUAUAUGUGAUAUAUGGUUACAGUAUAUCAUAUAGGCCUACACACAAACACACUAAUUAAAUUUGAUCUCAAAUGCAGCCCACAGCCCCAGCUGCAACUGUCCUCACAGGACUGUGCUGUUGGAAUGACAUUUGCAGACAACAUAAUGGGCAAUAGACUAUAUGACAACAUGAAAUACUGCAAAUUAGUGCUGAGAAGAGAAUGUUCUUGUUGAUAUAAUGUGAUGUUAGCAGCUGUUUGCACUUGUAAACAUGUCAUGAUUAUACAGUAGCAGUUAAAUUGGGUGUAGCUGAUAAAAACAUAAUAUCAAGGUGAAAUGUCAUUAAGGAAUGCGGUUAGAACAGCAACAACAACUACACAAACGGUGAGGGGCAGGAAGUUUGAUCGCGUAUUUGAUCAUCUUCAUUAUUAUAGUCAUUAAUACAACUUGUGAAUACAAAAGGAUCACUCGUAGAGUCCUGCUCCUGCCAUGGUUUGUAUAUUCCAGUGUGUCACCCCUCUUGUGUACAACACGUGCCAAAAAGCCUUCCGCAAAGGAUACACCGGCGUAUCCUAGCUCAUUGCUCCUCCGGCAAGCCUCCUGUCUCCUCGCUCCUCGAGGUGUCCUUCAAGAUGGCGCGCUGAGAUCACAGGCAGGAGGACGGAGGAGUGAGGAGACCAAAAGACAAUGCUGUAAUAUAGCAGCAUUGGAUGCAGACAUAGACAGAGCAUGCUCAAAAAUCCCCUCGGAUCUAUCAAUACCUUCUUCUAACCUAGAAAUGUCAGCGGGGGGGGGCUUUUGAUUCUUGUUUUGACUCCUGUGGUGAAUAAGGUGUGAACUUCAGUGUACAGGUUUCCGCUAGUGGAAACUUAAGUCCUAGCUUGCUAACACAGGAAGACUGGCCUGUGGCCUCCAGGCCACAGCGUAUAACAGCUCAGACAGAAGCCAAGAGCGAAGACAAGUCAUUUUAAAAGGGCAGCUGUGUGAAAUUAGGGUCAUAUCUUAAAUGUAGAUAACAUGCUAUGUACAGAAAUGGGAAAUGCACGCCUUCACCAGGAAAGGACUCAAUGGUUAACAUUGUGAUGUGAGGGCAGAGUUUCAUCUUACGUUAAGAAGUACUCUCUUCAGAGUGAAGCUUUCCUUAGAUUUUAUGAUCCAAGGAUCUAGAUUUUCCUUAUGAUCACACACCAUACACUACUUGAUUCAGUUGCCUAUUAUGUAUUAUAAAGUAUAGAACAACUCAAUUAUUGUAGUGUUUCCAGGCUCAGAUAACGGUGAGAAAUAAUUUGGUGUCUGCAGGAGCUCACACAGAAAAAAGACACACAAAUGUCUUAAAUGUCAUCACCAUGUCAUCACGAUUUGGGAUGAACAUCAUGCACCUUUAUGUACAGAUGCCAAUUUAUUAUUGAUCACAACUUUGGCACGCAUUCAGUUUUGUGAAUUUCUUUUUGUUUUUCAAAGUUAGUUUUUAUUUUCAUUUGCCAGAUUUGUAGGCUGUAUGUGUUGCUAAAUCACGAAAAUGAUUCCCUUCUGACUGUUGGUCAGCUAAGUAUGUAUCUAUGUGAACACACUUUCACGUGUCAAACCCUGCAUGCUCUUACAUGUAUAGUAGACCCCAGUGUAUAAUAUAGCUUGUUACUGUAUAUUUCCAGUUGUAUAUGACCGUUAAGCCUUUCCUGGUUGCUAAAAAUGUCUCUCACAACACCAGAGAUUGCUUUCUUGGUGUUGGCUGUUUCCAAAAUAGGAGAUUCAAUCUGAUUGGCCAAUCAAGCACUCUGUGAAGAGUGGAGAACGUAUAAAGAUUCAAUUCAUUCAUCACAGCAUUUGAAGCACAAUGCCACCUCCAAACUUUGCUUUGUAUUUCACAUGUCUGUUCGUGGCGAAUAUGGCUCAUAUGACAACUUUAAAACAAUCAUCAUUACAUUUUAAAUCAGCUAAUGUUGGGGAAGGUGUGACUUUGCAAUGCUUCUGUGAAGAUAAUGUAGCAGUGAUGCUUUACUGGUAUAAGCAAACUCUGGGAGAGAAACCAAAGCUAGUGUCAACAUUAUAUAGACAUAAUGAUAACGGCACCUUUGAUGAUGAAUUUAAAGACAAUCCACGUUUCUCAUUGGAUACUGAAAAACAGAAAAAUCACUUGAAGAUUUCAGAUUUGCAAAUUUCAGACUCCGCUACUUACUACUGUGUAGGGAGCAAUUUUUACAACUUUGAAUUUUACGAGGGCACUACUAUCAGUGUAAAGGGUUCAGGUUUGAAUAUCCAAGCUUCGGUCCAUCAGUCAGCAUCUGAGACCAUCCAGCCAGGAGGCUCUGUGACUCUGAACUGUACAGUACACACUGGAACCUGUGAUGGAGAACACAGCGUUUACUGGUUCAGAAACUCUGAAGAAUCUCAUCCAGGACUCAUGUACACCCAUGGAGGCAGGAAUGAUCAGUGUGAGAGGAAACCCAACACACAAACACACACCUGUUUCUACAACUUGCCACUGACGAGUCUGAAUCUUUCUCAUGCUGGGACCUACUACUGUGCUGUUGUCUCAUGUGGACACAUACUGUUUGGAAACGGGACCAAGCUGGACUUUGAAGAUGAGGUGGACACUUCUGUCUUGGUGUAUUUCUUGAGUGCAACUUUGGCAUUCACCACCAUCCUGGUUGUUUUACUGGCUUUCUCAGUGUGCAUGAUGAACAAAAGAAACUGCCAAUGUACAGAGUCUACUGUAACAUUUUCAGCAACUUCUACUCCGAAUACAGUGUUAUGUCAAGACACAGAGACCCUUCAUUACGCUGCUAUAAGGGAUCACGGGGCCAACAGAUCAAGAAGACAGAUGAACAACACCCAGAGUGAAUGUGUGUACUCCAGUGUGAGGCAGUACAGCUGAACAUGUUUCUGUACUUUGUUUCUGUGUUACAAUACAUUUUUAUUAAGGUAAUUUGAACUUUUCUGAAGCACGGACAGUUAACUUCACCAAGUUCAAUAAAUAUAAAGGCUUUUCUUGCAAUAAACUAAGUUCUUCCACUGAAAAAAAACA